CCAGGACAUCCGUUUUCACCUCCACUCCUUGUCAUGGCUCCCUAUUACGCUGCCAAGCCGGAUAACGCUCUUAAGAGAGCUGAGGAACUUAUCGCUGUCGGACAAGAAUCCGCAGCAUUGGAUACCCUCCAUGAAUCCAUCCUCUCUAAACGUUCGCGCAGCAAUCCCAUCACUGUGAUGGAACCCAUCAUGCUCAAGUACGUCGAGCUUUGUGUUGAACAAAAGAAGGGCAAAAUGGUCAAAGAAGGUCUUCAUCAGUACCGUAACAUUGCCCAAAACACGAGCGUGAACAGCAUUGAGGUUAUUGUGAACCGUUUGUUGGAACUCGCUGAGCAAAAGGUGGCGGAAGCACGUACCAAGGCUGAGCAAUUGGCCGUGGAUGCCAUUGACGAUCUUGAAGCGUCCGAAACGCCUGAAUCGGUCAUGUUGAGCACCGUGAGCGGUGAUCAGAACAAGGACCGUACCGAUCGUGCUGUAGUGACUCCCUGGUUGAAGUUUUUGUGGGAAGCUUAUCGCACUGUUCUUGAUAUCUUGCGUAAUAACGCCCGUUUGGAAACUUUGUACCACGCCGUGACCAACAAGGCUUUCGCUUUCUGUUUGACCUAUGCGCGCAAGACCGAAUUCCGUCGCUUGUGUGAAAUUCUUCGCAACCAUUUCCAGAAUGUGUCAAAGUACUCUCAUCAAGCUCACGCCAUCAACUUGAACGAUCCAGAAACUUUGCAGCACUACUUGGAGUCGCGCUUCACUCAGUUGAACGCGGCAGCUGAACUCGAGCUCUGGCAAGAAGCGUUCAAGUCGGUCGAAGACAUUCACACCUUGUUGACCACCUCCAAGCGUCCUCCCAAGGGCGUCAUGAUGGCCAACUACUACGAAAAGUUGACCAAGAUCUUCAUGGUCAGCGAAGACUAUCUCUUCCAUUCCGCCGCAUGGAAUCGAUUCUCCACCAUUGAACGUGCCAUCAACAAGAACUUGACCGACGAAGACCAGUCACGUAUGGCUUCCGUUGUCUUGUUAUCGGCUUUGGCCAUUCCUAUCAUUACCACCACCAGAACCCGUCCUGGUUACGUUGAAGCGGAUGAAUACCGUAUUCAAAAGUUGAACCGUCUUUCCAUGUUGAUGGGUCUCACUCAACAUCCCACCCGUACCGGUCUGUUGAAGGAAGCAUUGAACAAGAACAUCUUGUCGCGUGUGCGUCCCGAAAUCCGCGAUCUUUACAAUAUCCUUGAAGUCCAAUUCCAUCCCUUGUCCAUCUGUAAAAAGAUCAACCCCAUCAUGACCCAGUUGUCCAAAGAUCCCGAUAUGGCCAAAUACGUCCGUCCCUUGCACCAAGUCAUCUUGACCCGUUUGUUGCAACAAUUAUCCCAAGUCUACACCACCGUCAAGUUGGACUUUGUCUUGAACCUCGCUUCUUUCCCCGAACCUUACAACUACGAUGCCGCCACCAUUGAAAAAUUCAUCAUGAACGGAUGCAAACGUGGCGAAUUGAAUAUCCGCAUCGAUCACGCUUCGCAGAGUUUGAUGUUCGAUACCGAUCUGUUUGCUCCUCCCAAAGACACCGUCACCGAAGGCAUCCAAUUGCAAUCGUCGCCCGCCGAUCUCAUGCGCACUCAACUGUCGCGUCUCGGUGUCAGCUUGAACGCCGUGGUCCAGAUGAUCGAUCCUUCUGUGAAGGAAUCGGCUGCCAAGGCCAAACACGAAGCCCUUCAGCGUGCUCUGGCCGGUGCCGAAAAGGAACACAAGGCCGCUUUGGCAAGAAAGAGCAUCAUUGAACAGCGCAAGGAAAUCAUUGAGACCGAAAUUGCCCGCAAGGAGAAAUUGAUUGCUCAAGAAAAGGCUCUGGCCGCUCAGAAGAAGGCCGAAGCCGAGAAGAAGCGUGUGGAAGAAGAACAGCGUCGUCGUGAGGAAGAACGCAAGAAGAAGAUUCAGGAAGAAAUUCAACGCGAUCAAGCCAAGCGCAUUGCUGAAGAAAUCAGUGCCAAGACGGGUCUUCAACUCAAGCCUGAAGAAGUUGAAAACUCGGAUGUCAAGACCUUGUUGGACUUGAAGGUGACCCGAUUACAAACCGAGCAAAAGGAGAUGAGCGAUCGUCUCAAGCAGAUCGGCAAGCGUUUGGAUCACAUGGAGCGUGCCUACCGCAAGGAAGAAAUUCCUUUGCUUGCCAAGGAUUACGAACGACAGCAAAAGGCUGAUCGUGCCUUCUACGAUGCGGCUCGCAAGUCCGAGUUGGCGACAGCCAAGGCUGAACACGAGCAGGGCAUGAAGUUGAAGUCGCGUCUCACACGUAUCAUGGACGACUAUGUCACUUACAGAAAGAAACUCGAAGAUCAGCGCAGCCAAGCUACCGAGGCGAAACGCCGUGCCGCCGAAGAAGCGAUUGAGAAGGAGAAGCAAGAACGUAUUGCCUUGUGGCGUACCAAGCAUGAUGAGAUGGUCAAGGCUCGCGAAGCCGAAGAGGCCGAACGUGCUCGUCGUGAAGAAGAGGAAAGACAGCGACAGGAAGAAGAAGAACGCAAGGCGGCCGAAAAGGCGGCUGAAGCGGCCAAGGAACAGGAACGUCUUGAACAAGAACAAGCCAAACGUGACGAGAUUGCUCGCAAACAGCGCGAAAAGGAAGCCGAAAUUGAACGUAAAUUGGCGGCAAGAUCCGCUUCGCCUGCUCGAUCCCCGGCUCCCGCUGCUCGAUCACCUGCUGCCGCAUCGCCUUCGCCAUCUCCUGGUGCCUACCGACCUCCAGGCGCUUACCGACCUCCAGCUGCUCGUGCUGCCGCCAGCAGCGAGCCCGAAAGAGGCGAGACCAGCUGGCGUACUGCCGGCCGUGGUGGAUUGUCUUCUGGUUUUGGCGGUCGCCGUGAUGGUCCUCCCGGUGGUCGUCCCAGUGAAGGUGGACGUGACCGUUUCUCCGAUCGUGACCGUUUCCCCGAACGCGAACGCUUGCCUGAACGUGAUCGCUUACCUGAACGUGAUCGUUUACCUGAACGUGGUUCGGGUGUUUGGAAACGUGGCUCCGGCCGUGCUCCCGGUUCCUCCGGAGGUCGUUGGUAAACAUGAAAAUUGGGUUUUCUUGAACCCGCAUACAUUUUAAUAAAUUAGAAGCCCAUUUUUGAUUGGUUUGUUGGAAAUUUUUGAUCCUUAAAAAAAGAGAAAUACACUGGUCUAUCUCAAGUCUGA